AGUUUAAAAUACGAUAGUUCUCAAAACAAUAACAGUCGUUUGUUUAUAAUUUUUAGGACUCUUUAGCCUAAAACAGUAAAAACAUAGAGUUUGAAAAUAUAAGUAAAUCGAAAUCUUUUAUCAUGGCAUUUAGGAAGAACACUGAUUCUGAUGGAAAAAAAUUAUAUUUUCCUGAAGGAGCUUUGCUAAAUCAAAUGGAAGUUGCUGUCGUUGAAUCAGAACGAAGGAAAAGUGAUAUUUUAAAAGAACCAUUUAUUGUAUAUCUUGUUGAGUCAAGGGCGGUAGAUGGUCUAGAACCAGGAUGUACAUUAUGGCGAAGAUAUAGCGAGUUUGAAACACUUCGAAAUUAUUUAAUGGCAAUCUAUCCUUUUAUUGUUCUUCCUCCUCUACCUGAAAAACGGCCAUUACCUUUUCAGAUUAAUGUUGCAAAGUUCCAACUUGCGGCUGACAAGUUUGAUCCAGAUUUUAUUGAACGAAGGCGACAAGGAUUGGAAUGUUUUUUAUUGCGACUUGCAUCCCAUCCGGUUAUAUCUCAAGAUGUAAUAUUCAGAGGAUUUCUAAACCAGGAAGUAGGUUGGAAAGAAAGUGUUUCAGAAACAAAUUGGCAACAAAAGUCUGACAGUCGUUUUAAGAGCAUUAGUGCUUCUAUGAGUAUCAAGAAACCUGAUCAACGAUUUGAUGAUAUCCGCAGUUAUAGUGAAUGUCUAUUCUCUAAUAUUACAUCACUUCUAAAAAUACAGCAGAAAAUAUCAGCAAGACAACAAACAAUUUUAAAACAACACAUUGAAUUUGGAAAACUCUUCAGCGAAUGGAGUGUAAUUGAGACUGAAAUUGGUGAUUCUUUACAACAAGCUGGUCAUCAAAUGGACAGACUAGGGUCACAAUCAGAAUCUAUAUACAAUGAAGAACAAGUUGCAUACAUUGAUCAGCUUAAGGAAUAUCUCUAUUUUACAGAAUCAUUAAGAGCUAUAGUGCGUAAGCAAUACCUAAAACAAUUUGAAUUAGAAAGGGCAGAGGAGGCUCUUGCAGCUAAGAGUAAACAAAAAGAAGAAUUAGCAAAAGAAAUCAAUGCAACACAGAAUGGUACUGAAGCACCAACAAGUGGUUUUACUUUUAAAUCUGUUUCUAAUAUGCUGUUUGGUCAAGAUAGCAUGGAGGUGCGCCAGGAAAAGUUGUUGCUUCUUGAAGAACAAGUUAAAGAAGCUGAGGAAAAUCUUAAGAUGGUUUCUGAAGAGGCUGAGAUUUUUGUGGAGAAAUCGUUAAAAGAUAUUGAUCGGUUUAAAAAACAGAAAGUUCGCGACAUCAAUGAGAUCAUGGAAAAUUAUGUUAAAACUCAAUACAAAGUCAAUAAGCUGGGUUUACAACAAUGGCAAUCUAUGAAAGAGUAUUUUAUGCAAAUGUAACUUUGAAAAUUUAUUUUUGAAUCUAACAAUUAUAGUCUUGAAUUUUUCAAAUUGUAUGAAUUCUGAAUGUUUCCAUUGAAUGUAUACCUGCAACAUGAAAUCUUGGAAGUCUUUGCAGCCUUUUGCUGAAACUUAAAAAGAUAUUUUUUUUACUCUAUUUAUUUUUUAAAUUAAUGUGAAAGAAAACUUUUUUUCUAUAAAAAUUUUCUAUUAUUAUUUUUGUUAAAAAGUCUUUUACACUAUGGAAAUCUUAUUUUUAUUGGAUUUUUCUUAGUUUGUAGGCUUACUAGGUAUUUUUAUUACCUUAGAAUUUUUUUUUUUUUUAUAUCUUAAAAAUGUUUACUAAAAUUUCAGUAUGUUUAUGAGUUAUUUGUCAAGUUGUGUUAUUUUUUAAAUGCUUAUAAGUUAUUAUUUGUCAA